UUUCCUUCGCUGCGGCAGUUUACGGCAGUCGUUGCAAUGAGGGGCAGGAGCUGAGUUUUCACGACACUUUCCCCCUGAAUGUGUCUGUUCCAGACUCUGCCUGUGGGAGGAUGGACCCUGUGGUGCUGAGCUACCAGGACAGCCUGUUGAGGCGCUCCGACCUGUCUCUACUGGAGGGACCUUACUGGCUCAAUGACCAAGUCAUCGGUUUUGCCUUUGAGUACUUGGCUGCCGAGCGCUUCAGAGCCCUGGGGGAGACCAUCAUCUUCAUCAGCCCCGAGGUCACCCAGUUCAUCAAGUGUGCUUCCUGCCCCGAUGAGCUGGCCAUGUUUCUGGAGCCGCUGGAUCUCGCUUCCCGGCGCUGGGUCUUCCUCGCCGUGAACGACAACUCCAACCAGACCGCGGGAGGAUCCCACUGGAGCCUUCUGGUCUACCACCACACCUCCAACCACUUUGCCCACUAUGACUCUCAAAACGGCGGCAAUUCAGAGCACGCACGGCGCAUCGCCAGCAAGCUGGAGCCCUUCUUAGGGGCCGGGAGGAAAGCGCUGUUUGCGGAGGAGCCCUGCCCGUCGCAGAAGAACAGCUAUGACUGUGGCAUGUACGUGAUCUGUAUCGCAGAGGCCUUGUGUGAGGAGGCGAGGGAGGAGGGGUCGCCACGCCUUCCCGUGCAAGUCAUCACCCCAGCCUACAUCACCCAGAAGAGGGCCGACUGGUGCAGACUGAUCCAGGACCUGGCUCAGAACGACCUCUGCUGCUCGCUGUCUCUUCCUUAGCACGUCUCCCCCCUCAGAAUAUGCAGAUCAGCUGUCAGCCGCCACAUAUCUACUGCUGGAGCCUCUGAAUCCUUGAACACAGCAUUUAACUACAUAUGAAGUAUAUUUCUAUUACACUGCAUCAUACCCCCUAACUAUGAUGGACUUAAAAAAAGAAUGCAGUACUACAAAUCUUUAAUGAUUCACUGAACAAUUGGUACCAUGUUAAUCCUGUGUAUAUGCACAGCAGCAGAUAGUAUGUAAAGAACACCAGCAUGCCUGUAAAAGGAAAUCCCACCUUACAUAUUUAUUGAGGAUGGAGAAUAUUUCAUGUGGACGAGGAGGCGGUGCUGACUUUCUUUCUUUCAUCAGUGUUGAGCGGAUGUAGAACUGUUUACACCGAUUAUUGCUCAGGGUCAUUUUAAAUGAACUAGAAUUGACGAGAAGAAUGUGAAUCUUAACUUUGGCUCCUCUAUGUCCCAUCUGUUCUGGUCACAUUCAUUUCUGUUUAUUUUUAAUUUUAUUUCUUUAGCAGGCCGUAAACGUCUGUAACUUGAGACUUUACAGUUUUGAAACCAUUCAAAAGAAAACGUCUGCAUGAGGAUGAGAUGUGCACUGAGUCCUGUGAGAGCUGGAAUGUACGUUAUGUUCUGAGAUAAAGAAACUAUCAAACUCA